UAGUGGCAUAAAACUACGUUACCCAUCAUGCACUGCUGGAAUGUCGACAGUAAAACCUCAAAGGGGCACUAGAAUUUCGGGUUCAAGCAGUCCAGGGAAGGACUUCAGUCUCCGUGGCCACUGCUCGUGGAAGAACCGUGCUUAUUACGAGGCACGCGCCGUAGCUGCACAAAACAGGAAGCAUGUUGUUCGAGGUCCUGGUCGCUCUGCUGCUUGGAGUCAUCAUCUUCCUGCUGGUGUUUAGAAGACGAAGCCAUGUUUUGAAGACGGAGGAUGGCUGGUGGGGGGUUGGCCCGAUCCCGGAUGGCGAGCGGGACACUACCAUCCGCCCUUUUAAAGUGACCACCAGCGAUGCGGAGCUGGAGGACCUACACAGAAGAAUAGACCAGACGCGCCCGGUUCCCUCCCUGGAGGACAGCCGGUUCAAUUAUGGUUUUAACUCGGAGUACCUGGAGAAGGUUGUCGCUUACUGGAGGAACGACUUUGACUGGAGGAAACAAGUGGACAAACUUAACCAGUAUCCUCACUUUAAAACCAACAUUGAAGGCAUUGACGUUCACUACGUGCACGUGAAACCCAAACGGGCGUCCGAGGGCACCAAUUGUCUUCCUCUCCUGAUGGUUCAUGGCUGGCCCGGCUCCUUCUAUGAAUUUUACGGGACCAUCCCACUGCUAACGGAGCCGUCCGACCCCCAGGACCUCGCGUUCGAGGUGGUGUGCCCAUCCAUACCCGGCUAUGGCUACUCGGAAGCACCUCAUAAGAAAGGUUUUGAUUCCGUGUGUGCCGCUCGCAUCUUCCACAAACUGAUGAGACGCCUGGGCUUUCAGCAGUUCUACGCUCACGGAGGAGACUGGGGUUGGCUUGUCACCACCAACAUGGCUCAAUUGGAACCCAAGAUCGUCAAAGCCUUGCAUGUGAACUUUGCUCCGCCUUCCAAACCCGGUCUGGUCAUCACUUUAUCGAUCCUGCUCGGCCGCCACUUCCCCAAGCUGUUCGGCUUCACCGGCGUGGACCUGGAGCGUCUCUACCCGUCUAUGCAAAAAAUAGUUGUGGAAUCCAUCAAGGAGAGCGGCUACAUGCACAUCCAGGCGACCAAACCCGACACCGCGGGUCGAGGGCUGAACGAUUCACCGGUUGGUUUGGCCGCCUACAUUCUGGAGAAGUUUUCCACGUGGACCAGUAAAGACUUUAGGAACCUGGAGGACGGAGGACUCACCAGGAAAUUCUGUCUGGACGACCUGCUGACCAACGUGAUGAUCUACUGGACGUCCGGCUGCAUCAUUCCCUCAAUGAGGUUUUACAAGGAGAAUUUUUCCCGCCUGGACUCUCCCCACACCACGAUGCCAGUGACGGUGCCCGCCGGAUUUGCCUGCUUCCCCAACGAGCUGAUGCACACCCCCCAGCUGUGGGUGCGACAGAAAUUCCAUAAGCUCCUCACCUACACGCACAUGGCUCGCGGGGGGCAUUUUGCCGCCAUGGAAGAACCCCGGCUGAUGGCGGAGGACAUUAACAACUUCAUCAAGAAGGUGGAGAAGAGGAAAGCCCCGUAGCGGCUACGCCCAGGAUGAGCUCAAGGCGAAGACGAUUGCUUUCUUGGUUUGUUUUCAUCUUCACACUUGGCACACCAACAGAAAAAGCGCAUCAUCGGAUAGUUCACGUGUUCAUUUCUCAGUGGCAGCAAAAAAAAAAAAAAAGGAUUUCAUAUUUUAUAUAUAAAUUUCAUAUUACGAGAGCUCCAUCCUGCACUUGCGCUUGGUUUUAUUUCCAAUCCGUUGCCAGCAACACUAUUUAGCGCUCAACCGAAUGCGAAGGCAUUUUAAAAGAGUUUGAAAGUGAAAAUGCGCAGCGGCUGUUUACUGUGCCGCCCCUGCGGCUGUUUAUGGUUUCUACCUUCCUCCGAGACUCCCCUCAGCCUUGUGGGCCAGCAGCUGCAGAUGGAAGGUCAGCGGGCACUUGGUGUUAUUGUGUCGACGGCGCCGAGAAGGCACCGGCCGUUCCUCCGACUGAUAGCGCCACCGCUAGAGACGAGUACGUGUUGUCCGCCGCACCGGAAAACAGAUAUAUACAGAUAGAUAUAGAUAGAUAUUUUUUUUUCGUUGCUGUUAAACGACCCGUUGGAAAGCAGCCCUCCUGACAACAAAAGAUAAUUGUCGAGUAAUUGAGCGCCGCUCCAAAGAACAUCCCGUACCGACGUCUUAUCGCACUUUUGAAUGAACUCGACCCGCUGGACGUUUUUGCCGUAAACAUGAAAGCAGCUUUUUGAUUGCUAUCCUUUCUCUUGACGCCUUUGCUCGGCUCCGGAAGGGCUUCCUGUUCGCAACCUCGGAAAUGGAAACAUUGGAAAAAGUGUAACGCGACAACCAAGAAUCCUUAUUGAGCGCACUCUUGACUUUGAUUGAAGAGGUUUCGAAUGUUUGGCCCUGAAAACAAGCAAUGAAUAAAAAGCUUUGUCACAUUGUUGAA